GUCAGGCAUUUACCCGGAAGUGAUGGUUAUUGACGCUCGGUUAAAGAUGGUGAGCUGUUAAUACUCAUUGAAUAAGGGCGAGCGCAUUUAAGUCCACACGACUUUUUUGUCCCGCUCUCCGUUCUUGUCGCCCCUUGCAACAUCGCCGCUGGACUCAGAUAACUUGAGAUGGACGGCGGAGAAGAUAUGCGAGUGAAUGCUUCCCCCUACUGCUGGUCAGCCCGCGAAGGAGGCAAUAUAGCUGGCGGCCGCCUGGCUCGACGCAGCAAGAAAUCCCGAAGUCUGAGCACUUCCUCGGCCGGCAGCUCGUCUGAAUACAGGAGGACCCAGUCGCUACACGGCCCGAUCCCUGUGACUACAUUCGGCCCAAAGGCAUGCAUGCUCCAGAACCCACACGCAGUAAUGCACAUUCAGGACCCUGCCACCCAGAGACUGACAUGGAACACGCCCCCCAAGAGCGUCCUGGUCAUCAAGAAAAUCCGAGAUGCCAGCCUGUUUCAGCCUUUCAAGGAACUCUGCACAUUCCUCACUGAGGUCAAAAAGAUGAUUGUUUAUGUGGAAAAGAAAGUUCUGGAUGACCCAACCAUUUCUGGUGAUGAAAACUUUGGGACUAUGAAGAAGAAAUUCUGCACUUUCAGGGAAGAUCUGGAUGACAUCUCCAACCGUGUGGACUUCAUCAUCUGUCUCGGGGGUGAUGGAACUCUGCUGUACGCGUCUUCACUCUUCCAGGAGAGCGUUCCACCAGUGAUGGCCUUCCAUUUGGGCUCCUUGGGUUUCUUGACCCCUCUAAAAUUUGACACUUAUCAGUCUCUGGUCAGCCAAAUUAUUGACGGAAAUGCUGCUAUUGUGCUGCGCAGUCGCUUGAAAGUGCGAGUACACCGAGAGAGGGAGAAGGCCGUCAUUGUGACCAACGGAGAUGUGGAGAGCAGCCACAAAAGUGCCAACUAUCAGGUCCUGAACGAAGUGGUGGUGGACCGAGGGCCGUCCUCCUACCUCUCCAACGUCGACCUCUUCCUUGAUGGACACCUCAUCACCACAGUGCAGGGAGACGGUGUGAUCGUGUCCACACCCACUGGCAGCACCGCGUAUGCAGUGGCUGCAGGAGCCUCCAUGAUACAUCCAAACGUACCAGCGAUCAUGAUCACGCCCAUCUGCCCACACUCGCUCUCCUUCAGACCCAUCGUGGUGCCUGCUGGAGUGGAGCUGAAGAUAAUGCUGUCACACGAGGCCAGAAACACGGCCUGGGUGUCGUUCGACGGCAGACGGCGCCAGGAGAUCUGUCACGGAGACAGCAUCACCAUCACCACUUCCUGCUUCCCCGUUCCUUGCAUCUGCUUCCGCAACCCGGUCAACGACUGGUUCGAGAGCCUGGCUCAGUGUUUGCACUGGAACGUCCGGAAGAAGCAGAACUGCCUCAGCUCCGAGGACGACGACAUCAUCUGAUUUUUGGGGUUUGGGUUUUCUUUUACUUUCACUUUGCUCUCUCUCUCUCUCUCAGCUGUUCUGUUUUUAUUCAUAGCUCUCAAAGUGCAUUGGAAACUAUUGUCUCUGCGGUGAAACCAGCACCUUUUUUUACCAGCACGUCACUACGGGACGUCCUCAUGUGCGAGCGGCUAAAAACAGCAGGUUCACACACACACACACACACACACACACACGAUGACAUCAUUGUAACACUACAACUACCUGCUCAGUGAAAAAGGACUUUGCAAACUGUGCCUUACAUAAUUAAUUCCAACACUGGUAUGAUGAGGAAUGUAUGGAUCUAACGUGUCAACGUUUACAUCACCUUUAUUUUUCUACUUUCAUUCAUUCACAUUCGUGUAGUUUUAUCACGCAGCUGCGUUUUUAAUGACCAAUACCAACCAAUUUAUUUCUUUUUUUACACACGACUCCUCUGAAGCCAUAGCAAUACACGUGUGUGGCCUAACUUGACAUAUCUUGUUGCCAUGGCAACAUUCCGUUGCAUUUGGAAAUGAGCAAGAGGACCAACUAAGCUCUUAAAGUCAAAAAGUAUGUACUGUGUAUGUAUAUAUAUGUAUAAAUAUAGAUAUAUAAAGGUUUUAAUAAGAUGUAUUUUUCAAAUCUCUUAAUAUUGACCUGUUUACAGCAUUGGGGAAAAUAAAUCUUGUUUGCUACAUUUUUUUAAA